GUGGUGGUCCGUUGCAGGCCCACCCGCACACUGAGCAAGGUGUUUGAGACGGCCCGGGCGUCAAAAAGCACAGUCCUGAGGAGCAGGUGUGCGGAGUAUGUUCUACUGGCGCUGGAGGUGUGGGGCCCACAGGGCGAGCUGCUGGCGAUGCUGGUGGAUGCGAUUGAGAGCAGCAUUCGCAGCGGCGUGCAGGAUGGCACGCGGGAGGUGCGAGCCACAGCCAGGCGCAGCUUCCGGGAGUUUUCCCACUUAUGGCCGGAGAGAGCCACCCGGCUGCACUCCUCGUUUGACGUCACGGUGCAGAAGGUGAGGAGGUGGGGAAGGAAGAAGGUGGGGAGGAGGCUAGGUGGCGAGGGAAGGAGCUGCACUCCCUUCACGGUGCAGAAGGUGAGGAGGUGGGGAGGUGGGGAGGUAAGAACGGGACAAGGUGUUGGCUCAGGAGGACAAGUCAGCAGCACUGUCAGCACAUUCGAAGAGGGACCCGCCUCCUCGCCCCUCGCUCUUGUGUGCCCUCAGCCCCCUGCCCAUCCUGCCUCGCUCCACUCUCCCUCCUCUCACAAUCCUUCUCUGAUCCCUCCUUCUCCCCAGGUGUUGGCUCAGGAGGACAAGUCAGCAGCGCUGUCAGCACACUCCAAGAAGGACCCACCUCCCCGCCCCUCGCCCUCGCCCGGUCAGCCUGUCAGGGGGGAUAUAGCCUCUGGUAGUGCUGCUGCUGCAAGCGGCGGUGGGGGAGGAGGGGACGGAAGGGGAGGAGGGGGAGGAGGAGGUGGGAUGGGGCUGGUGAGGGGUGUGAGGCUGGGUGCACAGGGCACAGCUGCUGCUGCAGCAGCAGUGAGGGUAGUGGCAGGAGCAGGAGGAGGGGGAGGACGAGGAGGAGAGCGAGAAGGGGUUGUAGCAGGGCUAGGAGGAGCAGAAGCAGCUGUAGCAGCUGUAGCAACAGGGGCAGCAGGUGUUGUGGGAUCCAGGGCUGCUGGGGUAGCUGGGAGGGGAGAACGGAUUGGUCCACAGAGAGUGAUAUCAACGAGUGAGACUGACACUGCAGCCGGUUAUGCAGCUGCUGAGAGUGAUGAUUAUGGUGUUGAUUCUGCAAGAGACGGGGUGUCAUCUGGGGAAGGUUCACCUGGGCCUGAGGCGAACCUAUCCCCCAAGAUAGUCCGUGUUUUGAACUUUGACUCUGCUAGCCGCAGUGCUGCUGCUGCUGCUGCUGCUGGUGCUGCCGCUGGUGCUGGUGCUGGUGGUGCUCGUGGUGCUGGUACUGGUGGUGCUGCUGGUGUGGCGCGUGUUUCUAUGGACGACGUUCCUAUGAAGGAGAACUUACAGAGGGGAUGGGGUGGAGGAGCAGCAGCAGCGGGAGGAGGAGGUGGUUGUGGGGUUGGGCCGAGGAGGCAGAGGCACAGCAUUGCUGCGUCAACCAAUCUUGAAGGUCUGGUGCCGUCACGACCUCUAGGGACAGCUGCGAACAGGGUGGGGCGAGGGGCGCUGGGGGAACGGGAGGCAGAGGGGAAGGGGGGAAUUGGGGUGCGAACGGACGUGAGUGGAGGUGGGGUUGGGGGAGGUGUGAUUGGGGGGGUUGGGAUUGGGGGAGGUGGUGGGGAGAGGAGGGCGGUGCAUGCUAGGAGACCUGCUAGGCGGAGCAUAGCCAGUAGCUAUGGGGCUAGCGGAAUGGGGGCAACAGGAGGGGCAGGCGCAACUGGAGGGACACGUGGAAUGGGAGGGAUGGUGGGGAGAGGAGGAACCGUAGGAGCAGCAGGGGUAGGAGGGAGGGAUCGGACACAGAGAAAUAAGCAGCAGCAUCAGCAGAGGGAUGUGGGGGAGGAGAUGAGGUUGAAGGUAGAGGAGGGGUUGCGGAAGGGUUGUGACUGGUCGAGGCGGGUGGCGGCCUUGGAGGCUGUGAGGGGGUGUGUGAUGGGUGGAGGAGACGCGGUGGCGUGGGGAGGAGGAGAGGAGGAUGGAGUGAGCCGCAAGGGUGUUCAGGCUGUUGUGAAGUCCCAGAAUAUGGACAGAGUAGUGGAGCUGCUAGUAGCGGGGACAGAGUUCGCCCACACCAAGGUCGCCUCCUCAGCUCUGGCCCUCUUAGAAGACCUCGUGCUGCACUGCCCGCCCAUCCUCUUCCCUCCCCACCUUGACAAAUCGCUUCCCCCUCUCUUCCCCCCUGCUUUCCACCCCUGGCAGCACCUGGACAGAGUAGUGGAGCUGCUAGUAGCGGGGAUGGAAUUCGCCCACACCAAAGUCGCCUCCUCAGCUCUGUCCCUCCUGGAAGACCUCGUGCUGCACUGCCCGCCCAUCCUCUUUCCCCCCCACCUUGACAAAUGGCUUCCCCCUCUCUUCUCUCGCGUGGCUGACACUGGGAGGGAUCGCAUGCGAGCACAGGCAGAGGGGAUUCUGGAUUGUGCUUUAGACAGCUGGUUUAGACGAGGGGAUGGGUGCGGAGGGGGAGAGGGGGAGGCGGUGCAGGUGCUGCUGCCGGUGCUGGAGCGGGCUUUGGAAGGGCAGAGGGGGCCGCGGGUGAGGGUGUGUGUGGUGGAGUUUGCAGAGCAGGUGCUGAAGGGGAAAGCAGGCAGAGAGGAGGAGGGAGAGGAGGGAGGGGAGGGGGUGGACGGAGGAGAGGAGGAAGGGGAAGGGAGGCAGCGUGGUGGGAGUGCAAUGGCUCGGGCCAGAAGGAGCGCAGCGGAAGCCAAGAGCAUCCGGCAGUGGGGUGCGCGCCUCCUCCCACUGCUCAAAGACCCCAAAACCCGCCUGCCAGCAGCGCGGUGCCUGGGGGAGGUGGUUACACAGAUCGGCCCCGCCUUCCUGGCGAGCUAUAUUGACUCUCUCCCCGACUCGGAACUCACUGACUUCCUCGCACUGCUAGAGAGGGCAGCAGAGCCUGAUGUAGCGGCAGCUGUAACGGAGUUCAUGCAGGGGAGUCAGAUUCACGGGCAUGGGCAUGGCAUGUCGACAGCUGGUUUGAGACAUGAACGAGCCUCCGGAGCAGCGCGAGCAUCGGCAACAACCGCCGGCACGGGCAUGCAUGCAGCAGAGCAUACUGAACGGGACAUUGAGCACGCGAAGUUGUAUAGUGAAGAGCUUUUUCCCUCUGGCGAGAAUGGGGUGCGAGGGAGUAUCGAACCGUCGUCUGAGUCCUCCUUCCUCUCCUUCUCGCCUUCUUCCUCUUCCUCAUCAGCAGCAUCUGCUGCCUCUGCUGCAUCUGGUGCCUCUGAAGUAUCUGCUUCAACGGCCAUCACCGAUUCUGCAGUGGAAUCAGCAGCUCGCCACUUAGCUAAGCACGUCUCGCUAAGUGCUGCUGUGGGCUCCCCGGGUGCAGCUUACAACCCCUCUUUUCUUCCAAGCUAUGCUCCUAUUGCUACAGAGGAAUUCACAGGGAGGGAUGGAAGACUGAAUGGCCAAGGGCCCGGGGGAGGAAGGGCGGAAAGCGGGGGAGGGGGUGCGUGUGUUGGUGGGGUGGAGUGGGUGGGGUGGGAGGAGGAGAGGGAGGAGGUGGAUGAUGCAUGGGUGGCAGCUGAAAUCGCUGAUGCCAUGGUGUGGGCGACCGGGCGGGAGGAAAUGUUGGAUGUGUGUGGGGAAAAGUGUGGACUUAGGUUGGAAGAUCAAGACAGGUUCAAGAAUGAGAAGGCAGAGGGUGGUGAAAGGAGGGGAGGAAUGGAGGAGCAGAGUGAGAUGGAUGUUGUGGAAUAUUAUUCGUCGCUUGUUGGGGUUCCUGGGGUUUUGGAUGCUGCGAUUGGUGCUCCAGAGGGCAACCUAGAACGGAUUAGUUAUGUGGCGCUCGGGUUAGGCAUGAUAGUGACGUCAGCGCUGGUGAUCUGGAAGGGGCUCAUGUGCUGGACCAAUAGCGAGUCGCCAGUUGUCGUCGUGCUCUCAGGCUCCAUGGAACCCGGCUUCAAACGAGGUGACAUUCUGUUUCUCCACAUGAACCCAACUCCUCUCUCUGUGGGGGAGAUCGUUGUCUUCAACGUGGAUGGCCGAGACAUUCCCAUUGUCCACCGUGUUAUAAAGGUCCACCAAGAGGCCGAUCCUGACGAGUUUCAGGCGCUCACAAAAGGUGACAACAACGAAGGGGACGACCUGCCGCUGUAUGCAGAGGGGCAGCUGUGGCUGCGCAAGAAGCACAUCAUUGGACGCGCCAUGGGAUACCUCCCCUAUAUCGGCUACGUCACCAUUAUAAUGACUGAGCACCCCUACAUCAAGUUCAUUCUUAUCGGCGUUCUCGCUAUACUUGUCCUCACAUCCAAAGACUAG